AUGUCGGGUCAAAAGAAACUUCCUCGAAUCCUCUGCUUACACGGUGCCGGGUCUAGCGCGGCCAUAUACCGCGUGCAAGGCCGCAAAAUCUUUUCUGGGCUACGCAAUGACUUCCAAUUUGAAUUCGUCGAGUCUCCAUUUCGGUCGUCCUCUGGCCCUGGCAUGGAACUGUUUGCAGACUCUCCACCAUUCUAUCGAUGGCAAUGUGACAUGGGGGCAUCGCUCUCUUUCGACAUCACAGCCGAUGAAGUACGAGCUGAGAGACAGAAGGUGACGGAUCUGCUUGAAGGGGCUCUUUUGAAAAAGGCGGAUGGGAAACAGCCCUUUGUGGGUAUCAUGGCAUUCUCACAGGGAGCGCGCGUCGCGACAGGGCUCUUGCUGCACCUCGCGAGGAUGCGUCGACAGGGCUGUGACAAGUACUACAAUAUACGAUUUGCCAUCAUUAGCAACGCAACCUAUCCUCCUUUAUUUCUGGACGAUGAGAUGCCCGAGACUGCCGAAGUUCUCACGAUUCCAACGCUGCAUCUCCACGGAUCUAACGACCCAUGGAGACCCGAGUCAGAGGAGAUGCUGGCCAAAUUCUUCGACCAUGAGAGUGCGAAAACGAUAUUAUUUGAAGGCAAGCACCAGCUCCCAUUGUUGCAAGCUGACGUGGACAAAGUCUUGGUUGGAAUACGUGGAUUAGCUGGCGCAUCGUCGCCUCCGUGA